GGAUUCCCUUCCCUGGAGGCACUCACCUGAUCCCUGCAGGAAUGGCCACGGGGCUCAGGGCUUCUCCACCAGUUGUGAUCCUGCUCCUGUCCCUGCUGGGUCUGGCUGCUGCUGGGAAGCUCCUGGUGGUGCCGGUGGAUGGGAGCCACUGGCUCAGCAUGCGGGAAGUGCUGGACAUCCUGAGGCAGAGGGGACACGAGGUGGUUGUGGUGGCGCCUGAAGUCUCCUUGCACAUCAAACCAUCAGAGACCUUUGUGAUGAAAAUGUACCCAGUUCCCUACACACAGGAAGAUUUGAAGAAAGAAUUCCAGGCAUUUUUUCAUUUUUCAUUUGAACAAGGAUCUUUUCUGGAAAGAUUUAUUAAAGCGUACCAAGGUAUUAAAAGAAUCACUAACUUUGGGGUCUCCAGCUGUGAACAUCUCCUGCAAAACAAAGAGCUCAUCAGGUACCUUGAGGAGAGCAAGUUUGAUGCUGUCUUUACAGACCCAGUCUUACUCUGUGGGGCCAUCCUGGCGAAGCACCUUUCACUUCCUGCCGUGUAUUUCUUACGUGGAAUACCAUGUGGUUUAGAUUUUGAAGCCACUCAGUGUCCCAGGCCCCCUUCCUAUGUUCCCAGGGGAUUUACACAACUUACAGACCUCAUGACCUUUCUCCAGCGGGUGAAGAACCUACUUCAUGACAUCCCAAAUACUUUCCUCUGUGAUUUUGCCUUUGAACCCUAUUCAAAAUUGGCAUCUGAGUUCCUCCAGCAGGACGUAACUGUGCAGGAUCUCUUACGCCAGGGCUCUGUUUGGCUCCUGAGGUUAGAUUUUGUGCUUGACUACCCAAGGCCUUUGAUGCCCAACAUCAUUCCAAUUGGAGGAGUAAACUGUGCUCACAAGGAGCUACAUCAGGCAGCUGUUCCUUCUUGCUUUGAAAGGAUUCGCAGUUGA